UGAUAUAAAACUCAUUUAAUUUCAUUCUCAACAGUUAAUAAUAAUAUCAAUCAAUCAUCCCCAUUAUUCCACAAAGACUUCUUACAAACAGCUGAUAACACUCUACACAAAAUUCUCACUCAACAACACUUGUGCAAUUUUCAUCCAAUCUUCAACAAUGGGUUCACAAAAUGUUAUCCAAAUUAACGGCAAACACCCACAAGAUUCCGGUCACUCAAGAUUAAACGAAUUGGGAUACAAACAAGAACUCAAGCGUGAUCUUUCGGUGUUGUCAAAUUUUGCGUUUUCUUUUUCGAUAAUAUCAGUGGUUACAGGGAUAACAACAUUGUAUAAUAGUGGGUUGAGGUUUGGUGGGCCAGUUGUGUUGGUGUAUGGAUGGUUAGUGGCUGGUGUGUUCACCAUGGCUGUGGGUUUGUCUAUGGCUGAAAUUUGUUCAUCUUAUCCUACUUCUGGUGGUUUGUAUUAUUGGAGUGCUAAACUUGCUGGUCAUAGUUGGGCUCCCUUUGCCUCUUGGAUCACUGGCUGGUACAACAUUGUAGGCCAGUGGGCUGUGACAACAAGUGUUAAUUUUUCACUUGCUCAGUUGAUUGGAGUAAUCAUUCUUCUGAGCACCGGUGGCCAAAACGAAGGUGGUUACGUAGCUUCUAAAUACAUGAUUCUCGUUAUUCAUGCUGGCCUUCUUCUCGUUCAUGCCAUCAUAAACAGCCUCCCGAUUUCAUGGCUAUCCUUCUUUGGACAAAUAGCAGCCGCCUGGAAUAUAUUAGGUGUCUUUUUUCUAAUGAUUUGUAUACCCCUGGUUGCAAAAGAAAAGGCUAGCGCAGAAUUCGUGUUUACACAUUUCAAUACGGAUAAUGACGCGGGAAUUAGUAGUAAACCGUACAUAUUUCUUAUCGGGUUGCUUAUGAGCCAGUAUACAUUGACUGGGUAUGAUGCCUCUGCUCAUAUGUCGGAGGAAACAAAGAGUGCAGAUAUAAAUGGGCCGAAAGGAAUCAUUAGUUCUAUUGGCAUCUCUAUAAUAGUUGGAUGGGGCUAUUUGCUUGGAAUAACAUUCGCGGUUACCGAUAUCCCGCAACUUUUAAGCCCGGAUAACGAUGCAGGCGGUUACGCAAUUGCCGAGAUAUUUUAUCAAGCUUUCAAGAAACGGUAUGGGAGUGGUACUGGAGGUAUCAUUUGCUUGCUCGUGGUGGCUGUUGCCAUUUUCUUCUGUGCCAUGAGCUCGCUCACAAGCAAUUCAAGGAUGGUAUAUGCAUUUUCAAGAGACGGAGCAAUGCCGUUGUCAUCGUUAUGGCAUAAAGUGAACCAACAGGAGGUCCCGAUAUAUGCUGUUUGGCUCUCCGCGGUCAUAGCAUUCUGCAUGGCCCUUACGUCUCUGGGGAGUAUAGUGGCAUUUCAAGCCAUGACAUCAAUAGCAGUGAUCGGUUUGUACAUAGCCUAUGCGUUACCGAUAUUCUUCAGGGUCACUUUGGCCCGUAAAUCAUUUGUACCCGGGCCUUUUAAUUUGGGCCGGUAUGGUGUUGUUAUUGGUUGGAUAUCAGUUCUUUGGGUCAUUACCAUUUCGGUGCUCUUCUCUUUGCCUGUAGCGUACCCGAUUACUGAUCAGACUCUCAACUAUACCCCUGUGGCGGUUGGUGGUCUUUUUAUUAUCGUGGUGUCUUAUUGGAUAGUGAAUGCGCGAUAUUGGUUUAAAGGUCCUGUAACAAAUGUUGGUACCCCUAGCAAUGUAUGAUGUUACCGUUAUUUGUAUAUCAACUUUUUAGUGGCAAUUAUAUUCGUGUAGGGAAUCAGUAAUGAAAAUAGUUUUUUUCACCUUUGUAUAAUGAAUUUGAAAAAGAAAGUACACUUUUUAGUCAA